AUGGUGAACAAAACGAAAGUAGUGACCUUCAAUAUUCAACAAGAGGAAGAUCAUGAUGCGAGCCACAACACCAGUGCAUCAUCGGUAAAACACACGCCAGAGCAUGCAACCAUUGUCAACGACCAUGAAACGAAUCCUAACCACACUUCAACAACACACAAGAUCACAACAAAACACAAGAAACAUCGCAUCAAAAAGAUUGAAAUUGUCAAAACAAAAUUCGGUUGGAAGGAGUUGCCAUGGGUUCAAGCGUUGAAAACCAAACUCAGAAUCUGGGUCGAAGAUUUGAAUUUUUAUAUUGGACUACCAACGGUGAUUAAUUCAGGUCAAACGAAUGAUGAUUUUGGUGAGGAAUGGAGAAGAUCAACCGUAGGAUCAGAAUGUGUGAAUGACAUGUACACUCAUAUGUGA